AUGAUUGAGCUGACGUUGAACGAGCGUCCGCAACCAGGAUAUAUGGGCAUCGAAAGGCUAAAGCAACAUAAACGGAUGUUCAAGGGCGGAGGGGCGGACGAAGAAUUCUGGCUUUUUGAAUCGGCUUUCCAGAACGUUAAGGCUUUGGAUGAUGAUGCUUGGGUCAACUGUACUGGAUGUACUUUCGUCCAGAUUUUGAGUAUUGUCGCUCUACGUAUUGACCCACGAAGUGUUCGUCUUCCGUGUUUCCCGCUCGCCCGCAGCUCUUGCCACUCCAACACUGACUUCUGGAUAGCGCUCAUAUAUCUAUUUCGCACAGUCGCAUUACCUGUGUGUAUUCUCUUCACGGCAGGUCAGAGCCAAAAUAUUAGAAGGCCUCAGGAAAGUGGCACAGAUUUCGGACAAGGGGAUUCGAACCUCAAGUUGCCGUGGUCGAGGCAGCGUUACACAUUACACAAUAACAUCCGAACGAUUAUCAAGGCCUAUUUUACAUAUCAGGAUACUUCCCUCUGCCUGCAACCUGGUGGCGUUUGGCUCACCCGUCAUCACCGGACGAAACGUGAAUGCUACGGAUUUGUUAAUCUCCCAUAUCCUGUGGUGAACGGUUUUGUAUUCGUGAGCGUGUGCGCGGUUUGUAUCGGAUUGAAGAAGACGACGACGACGAAAUUUCUGCGGCGCAUGAAUGGAGGAGACAUAUACGCGGCUUACCCGCCCAAGUUCAACGUUCAACGUCCAACAUUCAACUCUUUCUAGAUUGGAAACAUGCCAUGGUCCGCAUGAUCCGUCUCAUCUCGCACCAAGGAAGAAAGACACCGUUUUGACCAGCCUUUACAUAUAUAAAUCAUGUGCGGUGUCGGGUCGGGUCUGUGGGUUCAAAAUAUUAGCUCGAUGUUAUAGUAGAGCAAAGCGCGUCUUAAGCUUUCUGAGUUCACCGAGCCGUUGGCGGUGAAUAUCGCCUGGGAGGGAAAUGAGGCCUCAGCGGUUGUAUUGAUCAGAUCAGGGUAGUUCAUCCUCAUGCAAGCGCAUUACAGUACUAGAAUGGUGUCCUUGAACGUGGUAAGUAAUCGAAAGGACAAG